AUGGAUCAAAGACCUUUCGCUCAAGGGGCCUUCCCCUUAAGUUUCCGGACAACGUUUCAUCUCAUCGGAGAUCUUCUCCAGCUUCAGCUUCUCUAUGCGGUCUCCUACCUAGCACAGCCAUUCGCAGGCAGCGCCCAUCGCGAGUUUCCACCGUUGAAUAGGGCCAUCAAUAAGAUAGAAGUGAAUAUCAGCAACGUCAUCCUGGGUGUGGUUCCACUGACAGCCUACAGCUCUGCAACAGCGACAGAGCGCGAGUGGCGUUUAUCAUCAGGAAACGGGGCUUUAAACUAUGGAGGACCGGCACUCGUGGUUCCCCCAUGCCCCGAGCCUGUCUAUGCUAGAGACUGGUCAUUAAAGCCUCAGCGAUACCAUGGCAACAUCCAAACUGAGAACGAGACCUCUCUAGCUCGUUCUGGCGCUAUACGCCGAACCGGCUCUUCCAUCUACGAUGCUGUCCAGAACAUCAAGUCAAACACCCGCGAGAGCCUAUCUUCAAUGACCAGCUCAGCAAAAGCCAUCUUCCACCAACCCGGCACUUCUAAGCCUCUUUCGCUUCUGCCACGAAACCUUGACGGGGCAGCCUCCGAUGAGCCUCGUGAAAAGCUCCAGCCAACGCUCCCCGACGAACCGGCGAGGCCUAUGCCAAUCCAGAAACGAUUUCCCAGGAAAUCGGUGUUUGAUAAACCAGUUCAAAUCUCUGCUGCUGCACGUCUGGCCGAACACUUCAGUGAUCCCGGUCCAUCUUCCGGGCUGAAGGUGGAGAAAAUGCCAGAGGCAGUGUCGAAGGGUGUGAUGGAUGAUGUGGAUGACUAUACUGGGACGGUACAGAUGAACCGGAGCCGGAAAUAUCAUUCCAUCGAAAGCUACCCCGGGAAAUUUCCUGUUAGCGAUUCCUUGGAGUACAGCUCCCUUGCCAGUGCCUUUGCCGUGCGAGGAAGGGGAACCACCUCUGUGCGUCCAUUCUCGGAUUACUAG